CCCCUCUGUUCACAUAGUGGUCGCCCCUCCAUCCGCCGCUAGUGCCGGCCGAUCGCUUCCCUAACCACUGCCACUACGGCCACCGCUACUUUUACCAUCUCGGCAAUCACCACCGCCACCACCACCACCACCAUCGGUGCGUAAUACUGUUCCGUCACCAGAAUAAAACAAAUGCCUGCCAGGAAAGGAUUGUUGGCGCCUCAGAAUACAUUUCUGGACACGAUCGCAACUAGAUUUGAUGGCACACAUAGUAAUUUCGUACUUGGGAAUGCUCAAGUACCGUCACUUUAUCCAAUAGUAUACUGUUCGGACGGGUUCUGUGAACUGUCGGGGUUUGCGAGGGCACAAAUUAUGCAGAAAGGAUGUGCCUGCAAGUUUCUCUACGGUACUGACACAAGCGAUGAACAUAUUACACAAAUAGAAAAGGCAUUAGAGUGCAAAGCAGAGCUCAAAUUGGAGUUGAUAUUCUACAAGAAAAAUGGAUCUCCGUUUUGGUGUUUGCUGGACAUUGUGCCGAUCAAAAAUGAAAAAAGAGAAGUGGUCUUGUUCUUGGCCUCGCAUAAAGACAUCACUCAUACGAAAAUGGCGGAAAUGCACGUGGGCAUGGACUACGACCCAGAGGAAGCCGAACCCGAAGAACCAGAACCUACCAGCAAUGCAUACGGAAGACGAAGAAGCAGAGCUGUACUUUACCAGUUGUCGGGUCACUAUAAGAGUGAUAAACCAAAACCCAAGCUUAAAUUAAACAACACGCUGUUGCAGGGCUCGUCCGCUCCACUGCCAGAAUACAAAACUUCCGCCCUGAAAAAGUCCCGGUGGGUAUUAUCGCACUACGGGGUUUUCAAAACGUGCUGGGAUUGGCUGAUAUUGAUAGCCACAUUCUAUGUCGCCAUCGUGGUACCUUACAACGCCAGUUUCGUGAACACCGAUAAACCGUCCAUGGUCAGCGACGUCGUGGUCGAGUCGCUCUUCAUUGUCGAUAUCCUGUUCAACUUCCGGACGACGUUCGUAAACAAAAAGGGUGAAGUGGUUUCCGAUUCGAAAUCAAUCGCUUUCAAUUACUUGAAGAGUUGGUUCGUGGUGGAUUUAUUUGCUGCACUGCCGUUCGACCUGUUGUACGCGUCCGACGUUUACAGUGGAAAUGAGGCCGGUUCUGGUCAAGUUCACCUAUUAAAGUUAACCAGACUACUUAGGUUAGCGAGACUUCUGCAGAAGAUCGACAGAUAUUCCCAAUAUGGCGCUAUGAUCCUUACGCUGUUGAUGCUUUUGUUCACGUUGGUCGCACACUGGUUUGCCUGCAUCUGGUAUGUCAUAGCCGAAAGCGAGCGAAAACGGUACGGCGACAACUGGGACCUAGGUUGGCUGCACACGCUUGCCGAAAGGCUAAAGGUCGACGUGGAGAACGUGUCUCAUUCGGAGUCGUACGUCACUUCUCUGUACUUCACCUGCUCGAGUCUUACCAGCGUCGGAUUCGGCAACGUAUCGGCCACCACGAGCACCGAGAAAAUAUUUAGCAUCAUCACCAUGCUGAUCGGAGCGCUCAUGCACGCCGUGGUUUUCGGAAACGUGACGGCCAUCAUCCAGCGGAUGUACUCCAGGCGGUCGCUUUACCAGAGCAAGUGGAGAGACCUGAAGGACUUCCUGACGCUGCACCAGGUGCCCAGCGAGCUGAAGCACCGGAUGCAAGACUACUUUCAGACCAUGUGGUCGUUGAACCACGGUAUCGACAUACACGAGUUUUUGUAUCAGACGCUUAAAGAGUUCCCCGAAGAGCUCAGGGGCGACGUGUCCAUGCACCUGCACCGGGAAAUCCUGCAACUGCCCAUUUUCGAGUCCGCCUCGCAGGGCUGCCUCAAGCUGUUGUCGUUGCACAUCAGAAGCAAUUUUUGCGCUCCCGGCGAGUACCUUAUCCACAAAGGGGACGCGCUCACUUCGAUCUACUACCUGUGCAACGGAUCCAUGGAGGUCGUCCAAAACGGCAUGGUCGUCGCUAUCCUGGGUAAAGGCGAUCUGGUCGGUUGUGACAUCAGCAUGUGGCUGGGUCAAGGCAGCGGAUCCGGUAACGCGGGCACAACGGCCGGAGGUGGAUCCAGCGGUGGCGGCACAUCCGGUGACACGGUGGUCAAAUCCAGCUGCGAUGUCAAAGCACUGACCUAUUGCGACCUGAAGUGCAUAAACGUACAGGGACUGGUGGAAGUACUCAGGCUGUAUCCGGAAUAUCAGCAAGAAUUCGCACACGACAUCCAACACGAUCUGACUUAUAACAUUCGCGAAGGAUACGAGGCCGAAGAAGUCGAUCAAAACGGAUUACCUACUUUGACGUUACCGUCAAUAAGCGAAGACGAUGAAAACCAACCAGACGAAAACGAUGGUUCGCCAAAAUCACCUCCUUCCAGGUCACCUAUACAUUCCUGUUAUAGCCCGAGUAGACACAACCUUAGUAAAUUAUCUCAAACUAGAUCCAGAACGCUUCCUCGGAGUGACAUCGAACACAGAAAAGUCAACGUCGACAGAUUAGACACACAAGUGACAUCACUGCAUUAUCACGUUGCCACCUUAAGCCAGGAAGUGAAGAACGCCAUUCAAGCGUUACAGGAGCUGGCCACUACCAGCACGAACGCGUCCCGGUAUCCGCAUCCGGUGCCGGCCAGGUCCAAUCCGGAUCUGCCCGACAACAACAAACGGCAGCAGACCGCAGUGCUGCAACGGAGUUCGUCGCAUCCGCCGGAAGUGUUCGGGUGGGACGCCACCGACGACAGUCCGGGCCAUAAGCCUCAUCCUCUGACCGUCGACGUGGCUGUGCAAACGGACCGUCCGGACGUGGCCGUUUUCGAAAGGUUCGUGAAGAGCAACAGGUCGCUCGUACUGGAUUGGCUGAACGACGGCCACGUGACAGUGACGGUCUACGACGACGAAGCGGUCAACGACACCGUCGGAAGGAUCGACCACACGUCCGAACCCACUACUCCACCGCCCUUACCUCCUCCGCCGCCGCCGCCGCCGCCGCCGCCCCCCGAAAACACCGGAAACCGCCUUGUGGACUUCAGCGACUGGUCGCCAAUGCCGGACUUGUGCUCGGCCAACAGUCACCGGAACAGCGCCGGCGAGGACGACGGCGCGGAGACGUUGGAGAUGACUCGCGUGUCGGCCGCCGCGUCCAAAAGUCUCAAGUUCCAUCCGUACGUUUGACAAGACUGAGGUUGAGUAACUCAGUAGACAUACUCGGCGAGCAUCCCCGACUAGGUUAUAACGUCAUCACGCGAUGUCACGUGUCCCGGAGACACGUUAAUAUGGCGUACGACUAUUAUCGCUGUUGUGUCCCGUACCUGUGUAAUUCCCGUAGUGCCUUAUAUGAUGCCUGAAUUCAAAAUUGAUCCAUUCCACGAUAGACAAUUGGCCGUUUAUGAGUGGCUCGAUUCGACCACCCGUUUCGUAGUAUGAACGUGAACAAAUCAAGUAGAGGUAAUGAAACGCAAAUUACAAUGUUAAAUUAUUGAUAGCACCAUGAUGAAAAUUAUAAUAUCCCAAUGAGAAUUAAAAGGGCUAAGAAUGUGCAUCGAGUAAGCUUUAAAAGAAAACUUUGUAGAUAUUUUUAUCAGGUUCGCGAUUACGACGAUUUCU